GUGGCCACCAUGUGGAAACUAAGUUGCUGACAACAUUUCUUUUCUUCCCACAUCUCAAUGCCCCGACUCAUUAUUGCAAUCCUGUGCCCAUAAGCAUCCAAAUUUCACUAAGUUUUUAACAUCAAAAACAUUUGAAGAUUCUCCCACUGCAUUAUCUCCCCUGCUUUUAUCACAACAGUUAUUUGAUUUGGAUUAUAAAGAUUGUUUGUUUUUUUUAAUAAAUUUUUUAGCAGACAGCAGAUGGGGCCUUGGCUUGGUCAAAUACUAGUAAUCUUUAACUAGCUGUUUUAAGUUUUAACCUUGAAUGGCCUAUAUAAAGCCAUGCAGGCUCCAAGGAUGGAGAUGCAGAGGCAGUGUCUUCUCGUGAUCUUUUGCUUGUUCGCAAAGAUGGUGGUGUUGCUCAUGCUGCCACUGAUAUGCUUCUUGCUAAGUUGUGGUGCUCUGUUGAGGUGGAAUGAGGUGAGGUACAGGAAGAAGGCCCUCCCUCCAGGGACCAUGGGCUGGCCUCUGUUUGGGGAGACCACUGAGUUCCUCAAGCAAGGCCCUAGCUUCAUGAAGAACCAAAGAGUUAGGUACGGGAGUCUAUUCAAGUCGCACAUAUUGGGGUGCCCUACAAUGGUGUGCAUGGAUGCAGAGCUCAACAGGUUCAUCCUUAUGAACGAAGGGAAAGGCUUUCUUCCCGGGUACCCACAGUCCAUGCUUGAUAUCUUGGGGAGAUCCAACAUUGCAUCCGUUCAUGGUGAGCUGCACAAGACCAUGAGGGGAGCCAUGCUUGGCCUGGUGAGCCCUCUAAUGAUCAGGGACCAGCUCUUACCCAAGAUUGAUGAGUUCAUGAGAUCUUACAUCGAUAAUUGGGGUGGAAGAGUCAUUGAUAUCCAAGAAAAGACCAAGGAGAUGGCACUGUUGUCUGCAUUGAAGCAAAUUGCCAGCAUUGAGACAGGGCCUGUUACCGAAGCCCUGAAAUCAGAGAUCUUCAAGCUUGUUCUCGGUACUCUUUCAUUGCCCAUCAAUAUUCCUGGCACAAAUUAUCAUCAGGGAUUUAAGGCAAGGAAAAAGCUUGUGGGUAUGUUGAGGUGUCUAAUAGAAGAAAGAAGAGCCUCCGAAUGCUCCCACAGUGACAUGCUUGAUUCCCUCCUCAGAAUGGAUGGCAGCUCCAAAGUCAAACUCGAUGACGAACAGAUUAUUGACUUGAUAAUAGCCCUCGUCUAUUCCGGCUACGAAACUGUCUCAACGACUUCGAUGAUGGCUGUGAAGUACCUCCACGACCAUCCUAGAGUUCUUGAAGGGCUCCGAAAGGAACAUUUUGAGAUACGAAAAGGAAAACUGCGGGAGGAUGCAAUCGAUUGGAACGAUUACAAGUCGAUGAAACUCACACGUGCGGUAAUACUGGAGACGCUUAGAAUGGCUACAGUCGUUAAUGGGGUACUUCGGAAGACAACACAGGAUGUGAAAUUGAAAGGAUUCACGAUACCAAAGGGGUGGCGAAUUUAUGUGUACACUAGAGAGAUUAACUAUGAUCCAGAUGUGUAUCAAGAGCCUUUAACCUUUAACCCCUGGAGAUGGUUGGACAGAAACCUUGAAUCUCACCAGCACUUCAUGCUGUUUGGGGGAGGGGGAAGGAUGUGCCCGGGCAAAGAACUGGGCACUGCUGAAAUUACUACAUUUCUUCACUACUUUGUAACUAGAUACAGGUGGGAAGAGGUCGGAGGGGACGAAAUAGUAAGAUUUCCUAGAGUUCAAGCUCCGAAUGGCCUGCACAUCCGCGUAUGGGAUGACUAGGAUAGAGUUGUACAGUGUCAAUAGGUAGACAAAAUAUCAGAAUAGAAAUAUUGCCAUGUUUUGGUGCGGAGUUGAAGGAAGAGUUGGAACUUAAAAUCACCUUUGAAAUUAUGAUGGAAAUUUGUUGAUAGAAGAGGUGAACUUGCUAUCAGAUGAAUAGAAUGACUGAAGAAAGUAUCGGUGGUAUCUAAACAAGCUGAGUUAGCAAUGCUUAUGAAGCUGGGCGACAAGAGGGUGGGGUCGGGUUACCAAUGCGAAUGAACCGAGGUGUCAAAUGGGUCAGGUCAACCAUGAUCCAGUCUGACCUAGCACCGUCUAGGCCAUUCCGGGCUCAGCCGAGUAAAAAUUGAGCCAUGCUAGCCAAGGCCUAGCUGGGACAACUCUGCAAAUACUCUCUGGUUUAGAAAAACUCUGUAAAUUUCGGGUAUCUUAGUUUUAGUUUAAAAUUAGUAUUAUAGUUAAUGUGAACUUAAAGUUAUUAAA